CCUUGUCCCACCCGUCUCCAACUCUCCUGCACUCGUCAGGACGUACAUAUAUACACAUACAAAAUAUAUGUGAAUAUAUAUAUAUAUAUAUAAUAAAUCACCGCAACUGCCGGCUACCCUGUUCUCCUCCUCUUUCCCCACUGUGUCUCUCAUCUCGCUCGAUCGUUGAUUCAUUCACUCACAGGUCGAGUUUCAGUCAUCGAGCAGCUUGAGCUGAACCUUCUUGAAGUCGAGGAGAGAGUAGUCGGCUGAGGACGAUGGCUCUGAAGCUGAACCACUGCAUGCCCAGCUCCCAGCCUCUCUCCUCGAGGCCCAAUCACCGGCUCAGAUCCCCCAAGUUCUUCAUGGCCUCCACCCUCGGCUCCGGUCUCAAGACUGUUGAGAAUGGCAAGAAGCCCUACAUGCCACCUCGGGAGGUUCACGUGCAAGUGACCCACACGAUGCCUCCCCAAAAGAUUGAGAUCUUCAAGUCUAUGGAGGACUGGGCGGAGAAGAAUAUCCUGGUUCACCUGAAGCCCGUUGAGAAGUGUUGGCAGCCCCAGGAUUUUCUUCCGGAUCCCGCAUCAGAGGGUUUCGAUGAGCAAGUCAGAGAAUUAAGGGAGAGGGCAAAGGAAAUCCCUGAUGAUUACUUUGUGGUCUUGGUAGGUGACAUGAUCACCGAAGAAGCCCUUCCCACUUACCAGACCAUGCUUAAUACUUUGGACGGGGUUCGGGAUGAGACAGGGGCAAGCCUCACGUCCUGGGCUGUAUGGACCAGGGCAUGGACUGCUGAGGAGAACCGGCAUGGAGAUCUUCUCAAUAAGUACCUCUACCUCUCAGGGCGAGUGGACAUGAGGCAGAUCGAGAAGACGACUCAGUACUUAAUUGGGUCGGGAAUGGAUCCUAGGACGGAAAACAAUCCUUAUCUUGGCUUCAUCUACACCUCUUUCCAAGAACGUGCGACCUUCAUAUCUCAUGGGAACACCGCAAGGCUCGCCAAGGACCACGGAGACCUGAAAUUGGCCCAGAUAUGCGGGACCAUCGCUUCCGAUGAGAAGCGCCAUGAGACCGCGUAUACCAAGAUAGUCGAGAAGCUCUUUGAGAUUGACCCCGAUGGUACGGUCAUGGCCUUCGCCGAUAUGAUGAGGAAGAAGAUCUCGAUGCCUGCCCACUUGAUGUUUGACGGCCAGGAUGACAAUCUCUUCAAGCACUACUCAGAAGUGGCCCAGAGGCUCGGGGUGUACACAGCCAAGGACUAUGCUGAUAUCUUGGAGUUUUUGGUGGGGAGGUGGAAAGUCGAGAAGCUGACAGGACUUUCGGGUGAGGGGAGGAGGGCUCAGGAUUACGUCUGUGGUUUGCCUUCGAGAAUCCGAAGGCUCGAGGAGAGAGCCCAGGGGCAGGCCAAGGAAUCGCCUACCAUUCCAUUCAGCUGGAUCUUCAAUAGAAAGGUGAAGCUCUAGGGAAAGAAUGUCACGAGACAAAAAAAGUCCGAUUCCUAUCGAACAUAUGUAUAGGAAAGCAAGCAUUGGACUAUAUCCAAGUACUAGGGAUCCAGUAUAUGGAAAACCAGGUAAGGAGUGCUGCAACGGGUAUAUUGUGUCGGGUCUGAUCUACUACCGAUCAUGUUGAGUUGACCAUUGGGAUUCAUGUUAUAUAAAUGAGUUUACGACGCGCGAAUAAGAUGCAAUGCCGAUUUUGGUAA